AUGUACAUUCUCCCAUUCAUUUCUGUAUUUUUCAUCACAAUUUUUCCCUCGAAAAUCUUCUCAAAAACCUAUGAAUAUCCAAUUCAAGAAGAAUCAAAAACAAUUCGAACAUCUGACAUAAAUCUUCCAAGUAUUCAAGAAAAAUAUACAUCAAGACGAAUUCAUGGAGUGAAUAAUGUCGAUUUUUCGAGACCUCUGAUUUUGAGUAGUGGAAGUGGAAGAACAAAGGCAAAUCUCAAGAAGAAAUCGAGGAAAUCGAGAAAAAAGAAAGAGGAAAGUGUUUUGAGACGACGAGAAGUUCCACGAAGUAUGAAAGCUGUUGUAAGUAAAUAAUUUGAAUCUAGAAAAUAGCUUUUUUCCUGGAAAAAAAGAGAAAAAAACAACGAGACUCCGCGUUGACGCGACAGGUUCGCGCGUGGUUUGAAUUUUUUUUUUCAAUGGGCGUCCAUAUUUCGACCAAUUUUUAUCAAACAAUAGUAAAACUAAGCAAAAUCUAAGAUCUUUUCAAUUACAGUCAAACUUCGAGCAAAAACUGGCCGAACAAAUCGAAGAAGAUCAAAUGAAAUUCGUCGCCGAUGAAAAAAAUCCAAUGAAAUAUGUAGUUGAAAAAGGUCUUUUAUAUAAACAAAGUCGAUUUUCGCCAAUUGCAAGGGUCGAGAUUCCAAAAAUUCCACCAAUGAAAACCAGUGUUUUUCACGGAAACAUCAAUCGACAAAUGAAAGCAAUCCCAGUUUCAAUGAACACAAUGAGUACGGUAGGUGAAAAUUUUUUAAGCUAAGAUCUUCUAACAAGAUAUAUUUGCAGAAUCCUAUCAAAAAAUCCUAUCCAAUUUCAAGAGAUAAAAAAUGCCAAAUCAAUCGAUUCGGAUUCGAAUGCUGUGAUCAACUUUUGGAAAAUUUGAUGUUGAAAAGUUACGAGAAAUUGAAGAGGAAAAAUGAGCAACCUGAUUUGAUGACAGUUUCGAUGAUUAUGAAACAGGACACGAAAAAUUUGUGAGUUUAGGAAUUUCAGUAAUUGAAAAAAAUCCAAUUUUCCAGCUUCAACAAAAAUUUCGAUGUAAUAGUUGGGCCUGCUGAUUUCGCCACAUCAAUCGCCUCCAACUUCCACUGCAAAGUAGAACUUGGCCAGAAUCUCAAUCUAAUCGCAUUCGCCUUUGUGCCCCCUUCAGAUGCCAAUAUUCGUCGAAGGAACAUACCGUAUCACGAAUUGGCGCGAGAUGAUUUUCAAGAAACUGCUGAUCUUGUUGUGUCUAGAAAUGGAAUUGUUAUUGCUCAUUGA